ACCACGCUAACCCAUCUCACACUCCAGACACCAUACAUAAAUGAGUCUCCCAAGAGUCUAUGGCUUAGUUAACGCUAACCCCUUUUGUUUUCUGCGUCUUGUCUCCUAACUCGUUCUCUCCGCCAUAGCAACGAAGUCUUAUCCCCUUCUAUUCACACAAUAGAAAGUCAUUUCUAGUCCAUAGUUAGGUUCAGUUGUAAUUAUCACGGUGAUCGAUUCGAUUUUUAGAUCGGACGGCUGAGAUCAGUUCAGAUCCGUGAUCAAAUGGGCGGAGGUGGACCGAACGCGGAGGCACAGUAUUCGACGGCCAAGACCUCCGUGUGGUGGGACAUAGAGAACUGCCACGUUCCUAAAGGCUGCGAUCCCCACGCCAUCGCUCAGAACAUCAGCUCUGCACUGGUCCGCAUGAAUUACUGUGGUCCCGUCUCCGUCUCCGCCUACGGCGACACCACUCGUAUCCCCGCCUCUGUACAGCACGCUCUCUCCAGCACCGGCAUCUCCCUCAACCAUGUCCCCGCUGGCGUUAAAGAUGCUAGCGACAAGAAGAUUCUUGUUGACAUGCUGUUUUGGGCAGUGGACAAUCCCGCACCUGCUAAUUAUUUAUUAAUUUCUGGCGACAGAGACUUCUCUAAUGCUCUCCAUCAACUGCGGAUGAGAAGAUAUAAUAUUCUUCUUGCGCAACCUCAGAAAGCAUCUGCACCACUAGUAGCAGCUGCUAAGAGUGUAUGGCUCUGGACUAGUCUUUUAGCUGGAGGGCCUCCUCUAACUAAUGGCGAAUCACAACAACUUGGUAAUAAUAGCCUUGUAACAAGUUCCGACACCUUAACAAUUCCGGUCACUAGUGUCGCUCAGACACAGCCACAGGCUGAUUCCUACACCGAAGUGCAUGUAGGAAAUCAGAAGUUUCCAAAUGGAGGAGGAAGGGGAUACGAUCCUAGGUAUCAGGGGAAAACAAAUUGGAGAAACUCGGGUCAGACAAAUGGACCCAAGGCCAUGAAUCCACCGCCAGUUGGGCAUCAAGAUAGUCGUAAUAAUAUAAACUCUUAUCGACCUGGCAACUUCAAUCCAAAUGUUUCUUCAAGUGGACCUGCUCCAAAUUUUAUUCGUGGCAAUACUGAACAGUUAUGGAACAAUAGCAAUAAUAUACAGGGAAAUCAUCAAAAUCCUUAUUCACAGCCUCCUUUAAGACCAAACAGUUUCCCACUGCAACCUCCUUUUGCAUCAAAUAAUUCUUAUCCUCCAAGUACCCAUACUUUUGCAAAUUCACCAGUGCCACCGAGGACUGGUGUCCCCAGCUUCACUGCAGUUCCACCACCAAAUGUGCCUGAAAUUGGCAAUCUGAACAUUUCUGGAUAUCCCAAUGGUGUUCAUAAUCCACGUCCUGUUAAGCAACGCAGUGGGGAAUUGAAGCAGAAUCCUAACAAUAAUGCUCCACUUCCUGUAACAUCAACUGUUGAACAAAAUGGACAUAUGGUACUUAGCAAUAGCACGCAACAUUUACAAGGCUAUUCAAAUGGAAAUGGUCCAGACCAUCAACUUGCAUCAUCGACGGGUAAUAAUAACCAUUCUGGUAAUGGCAUGUGGGGAUCUCCAGGUUGCCCUAAACCGUCUGAAUAUGUCCAAGGCCUUAUAGGGGUUGUUUUACUAGCCUUGAAUUCACUAAAAAAUGAGAAGAUUAUGCCAACAGAGGCAAAUAUAACUGAUUGCAUUCGAUAUGGAGAUCCCAGGCACCGCAACACUGAUGUUAAGAAAGCUUUGGAGAGUGCUAUUGAGCAGCAGAUGGUGGUGAAACAGAAUUUAGGUGCUUUGCAGCUGUAUGUUGGUAAGAAUGAUAAACUUUGGAAGUGCAUAAAUCCUAUAGCUGGUAAUCCUAAGCAGCACUCAAAAGAAACCUGGGAUGAAGUUCAAAAGUUUCUGACAACUUCUUCAGGAAGAUCAGCAUUGAUGGGUACUCAGUGCAAGUAUGAAGCAGGUAUAGUCAUAAAGAAUUUGUGCUUUAAGGAACUUUCUUUGGGUGAUGUGCUUCAAAUAUUAAACAUGUUGAUUACUCAUAAAAAAUGGAUUGUGCAUCCUCAGUCUGGCUGGCAACCACUUAAUAUUACUCUUCCUGAGACUAGCCCCAAUUCAGGGGCUGUAGCAAGCAUAUAAAUUUCACCUGGUCUUGGUAAUGGAAAGGCAUCCAGAGAAAAGUAAAGAGUUACUGAAUGUAUUAAGAGCCAGUUGGACUAGGAAUUAUCCAAAUAAACCUCUUUUCCUAGGUAACGGUGACUGUAGUAUUAUAGAUAUUUUGAGUGGUUAUGGUGAUACCGAUAAGCUUGAGAAAGAGAUGAAAGAUGCAUUUGGAAAAUAGUUGAAACAUACAGAACACAGGAGUUUGUUGUGGAUGCUGAGGUUUUUACUAAGGCCUGUUAACCAGUUAGUUAAUCCUGGAAUUAGUAUGCCUUCCCCGGUUCUCGAGUUUAUGGUCAUCUCUUUAUCUUCCUACAAAUUGAUUUUUUGCUUGGAGGACGGUUUAUUAGACUGAACUCCUUUGAUCAUCUGAUUGAAUAUUCUACAUAAUCUUCAGGAUAUUUAUCCGAUGUGUCUUUUUGGAAGUACAUGGACCUUCAGACUAGUUAUGGAACCAUCCUCUAUGCUUUUGGAAUAUGACCUGAGAAGUUGUCUACCAAAUUAUCUUUAUCUGGCCAACUUUGGAAUGUGAAUCCAGGAAAUGUUUCAUUGCCUUUUGUAUAUUGAUGGCUAUAUCUUCCAAAAUGUUACAGGAAGGUUAACUACUGGACCGAGAACAUUGAAAUUGUACAAAACUGAUGGAGACUGCAUUCCCCCUGCAAUGAAGCUCAUAUUAAACUAUUCUCAACAAAAUUACAAGGUAUGUAUGGAGUUUUGACUAUGAACAAAUCACGUUAUGGAGUUUAGACAAGAUGGUGAAACACAAUGUUAAUGCAUUCGAUUGCUUCUCUUGCUGCUGAUGGUUCCAAUGGAGCUGUUAUAUUUUACCUAUUUAUCUUGAAUUAGCUUUUGGGUGGCUAUCUGGCUCAAACAACGGAAUUCGGUAAUUCAAUCGGAAGUUCGUCUCUGGUCUAGCUGAUUUCUAUUGCCCUUGUUAAUGUAGCAUCUGCAUGUAUAAAUGUUAGUAAUUAAGUUGUGGAGUAUUUACAUAUUUGCAGUGUAUUAUAAGAAUUGAUUAAUGACAAUAUUCUCUGCAUUGUUUUUGGUUGGAAUA